AAUAAGGUAUAACUCAUGAAAACAAAACCAACAAUUCUUGGUAUAGAAAUGGCGAGGGAGAAGAUCAAGAUCAAGAAGAUCGACAACGUGACGGCAAGGCAAGUGACUUUCUCGAAGAGAAGGCGAGGGCUUUUUAAGAAAGCUGAAGAGCUUUCAGUUCUUUGUGAUGCUGAGGUUGCUCUCAUUAUUUUCUCAGCUACUGGAAAGCUCUUUGAGUUCGCUAGCUCCAGCAUGAAGGAUAUCUUGGGAAGGUACACUCUGCAGACCAACAAAUUGGAUCAACCAUCUCUUGGCCUUCAGCUGGAAAACAGUGAUGAAAUGAGAUUGAGCCAGGAAGUUGCUGAUAAAACCCUUGAACUAAGGCAGAUAAGAGGAGAAGAUCUUCAAGGAUUGGACAUUGAUGAAUUGCAGCGACUCGAAAAACUGCUAGAAUCUGGACUCACACGAGUUCUUGAGACCAAGGGAGAACGCAUUAGGAACGAGAUCUCUUCACUUGAAACCAAGGGAGCAAAGUUGCUGGAAGAGAACAAGCAACUUAAAGACAAAUUGGUAUCACUGUGCAAAGGUAAAAGAUCCGUCUUAGCAGAUUCAGAUGUUGCAACAACUCAGGAAGAAGGCAUGUCAUCGGAGUCUGCCGGCAACAUUUAUAGUUGCAACAGUGGCCCUCCACCGGAAGAUGAUAGCUCAGACAUUUCACUCAAACUAGGGCUUCCCUUCUCUUAAGCGGAAACCGAUGAGAAGAUAAAAGCUGUGGAACCCUUGCAAGAAUAUAUUCUUAUGAUCAUGUGUAUUAGGUUUAAAGAAAUUAUAAAACAUAUAAUAUGUAGAAGUUGGAAGAUUUAUCUUAACUUUAAGCUUGUUCUAGUACGCUAUAUAUUUGGAUAUAUAUUGCUACUCGGAAGUAGAAAGAAAACUUGCUCAACUUGUGCCGGCAGUGCACUUUUUUAAUUAAUUAAGUUGUAACUUCAAAACUUGUACUC